AUGAAGGGUUUAAUUCUAGUUGGUGGUUACGGUACCAGAUUGAGACCUUUGACUUUGACUGUGCCAAAGCCUUUGGUCGAAUUCGGUAACAGACCAAUGAUCUUGCACCAGAUCGAGGCUCUUGCGUCUGCUGGUGUCACUGACAUUGUUUUGGCCGUCAACUACCGUCCUGAGGUGAUGGUCGAGACUUUGAAGAAGUACGAGGAAGAAUACGGCGUGAACAUCACGUUCUCGGUCGAAACCGAGCCUCUUGGCACGGCUGGUCCGUUGAAGUUGGCGGAGAAGGUUUUGAAGAAGGACAACUCUCCUUUCUUCGUUUUGAACUCCGACGUCAUCUGUGACUACCCAUUCAAGGAACUUGCCGACUUCCACAACGCGCACGGUGGUAUGGGUACCAUUGUUGCCACCAAGGUCGACGAACCUUCCAAAUACGGUGUCAUCGUCCACGACAUCGCCACUCCAAACUUGAUCGACAGAUUCGUCGAAAAGCCAGUUGAGUUCGUUGGUAACAGAAUCAACGCUGGUUUGUACAUUUUGAACCCUGAAGUCAUCGACUUGAUUGACUUGAAGCCAACCUCUAUCGAAAAGGAGACUUUCCCAAUUCUUGUUGAGCAAAAGUCCUUGUACUCCUUCGACCUGGAAGGUUACUGGAUGGAUGUUGGUCAACCAAAGGACUUCUUGUCUGGUUCCGUUCUUUACUUGAACUCUUUGUCCAAGAGAAAGCCUGAACUUUUGGCCAAGGGUGACAACAUUGUCGGCAACGUCGUCAUUGACCCAACUGCCAAGAUCUCCCCAACAGCCAAGAUUGGUCCAGAUGUUGUCAUCGGUCCAAACGUCACCAUCGGCGACGGUGUUAGAAUCACCAGAUCUGUUGUCUUGUCCAACUCCACCAUCAAGGAUCACUCUUUGGUCAAGUCCACCAUUGUCGGAUGGAACUCCACUGUCGGUAAGUGGGCUAGAUUGGAAGGUGUCACUGUCUUGGGUGACGACGUCGAAGUUAAGGACGAAGUCUACAUCAACGGUGGUAAGGUCUUGCCUCACAAGUCCAUUUCCGUCAAUGUUCCAAAGGAAGCCAUCAUUAUGUGA